UCUGUUAGAGUAAAAGAGGCCAGCCUUGUAAAAAAAUCGUGUGUUUUUUGUUCAUUCAAAACGGACUAAUGAAUUCGUUCAUAUGGAUGGACUGUUUAUGUACUUAUUCACCGUUUUUACGGUGAUAUUUUUGUUCCCUUUUAUACAAGGGGACAAUGCUCAGACAUUAUUAAGUGUUAAAACAGGCGAUCCAGACUACGUUAUAGCUCAUAAAAACUGUGCCCUGGCCCUGAACUGCUCCGUUUUGUACAAUGCAUCAUUUGGAUAUCCUCGGUUCACAUGGUUGAAGAACGGGGCCCCGGUGGAGGACUCGCGCCGUGUGCAUGUGCUAGAGAACGGCACACUUUUCAUUCGGCGAGUGCUGCACAAGCUGAAGAAGGACGUCACGGACCAGGGCACUUAUCGGUGCAUUGUGGAACUAAGCGAGGUUGGCAAGGUCAUUGUAAGGGACGUCAAGGUCGACAUUGCAGGUAUAUCCAGAAAGUUCACCAUUGAGCCCAGCCCAGUCAAUGUGCCUGAGGGCGGAGUGGCGCGGUUCCAGUGUGAAAUAGAAGCUGUCCCAGCAGCGGUCUACAUCUGGGAAAAGAACAAAACAUUUCUACCUCAAAACAAUAACAGGUAUUUAGUUUUAAGCUCAGGUAUUCUACAAAUCUAUGGAGUCCGUUUGGAGGAUGCGGGUCAAUAUCGAUGUUAUGCCACUCAGGGAGCUCCCAGUAACCUUAGCAACCAGGACGGCGAUGGCGACAAUUCCGACACUGGCAGCAAAUACAGCAUAGAGGCGGCCCUUGUGGUUGUUAAAGGUUCACCCGUGCCAGAGAAGCUAAUUGCCAGUUCAGAGUCGUCACCCGUAACAGCACGUGUGGGGGAACCAGCCAUUCUAGAAUGCCUCAUACAGGGGGUACCAGACAAUGUCAUAUGGUCAAAGAUCAAGAGGGAUGUUCAAGGUUCAACCACUGCUGAUGCGGUGCCUAUUGACCGACGUCGUGUGGAUCUCUACGGCAACAACCUGCGCUUUCUGCAGACCACGGUUGCAGACGCUGGCACCUACACGUGUAAGGCAGGCUCCAUCACCACCACCAUGCAGCUAAACGUUAUCAGCAAGCCCGUAAUAGUGAGGAUAGACCCAGAAGGCAGUGUAGUGAAACCCAAGUCAUCCUGGAUCUACGUCAAGUGUUUUGUGGAAGGUCAUCCGAAACCGGAGAUCAAGUGGCUGAGAAAUGGCAAGGAAAUAGAGGAAGGGGGCCCCUUGUACCAGAUAAACCGGCUGACAGAAGAGAGAGAGGAAGGAAGCCGUCUGGCACUGGUACAGUCUGAGGUCAGCAACACGGGGUUCCACCAGUGUGUGGCCACUAACGAGGCCGGAUCAGCUAGCGCCUUCACCUACAUUGAGAUCUACAUGAAAGAGAACGCUCCUAACCAGGUAACCAACAUCACGGUCCUUCAUAGGACAAGUACCACGCUUGAGUUGGCAUGGAAACCACCAACAAACACGUCAGUUUUAGCAUACACGGUGAACUACAAGAACCUCCGGGACGAUACUAAACUGGAUCAUGUGAUAAUAGUAGAGUCCACUGAGCUGACUGACCUGAUGCCCUUCACCAACUAUAGUAUCUACGUGGUGCCCUUCUCAAAGCUAGGGGCUGGUCCCAACUCUGAAGAAGUUACCGUUGCAACCCUGGAAGAUGUGCCUAACCGAGCCCCGUCAGUCACUCUGACCCCUCGAGGACCCAGCCUGUUUGUGCAGUGGGCAGACCUGCCUGUAGAGGACGCCAGGGGUGUUAUCACAGAGUUCACACUGUACGUGCGCAAACAGGGCACAGCAAAUGCCACAGAGAUAAUCAUCAAGAAUGGUACUUCACGGAGUUAUCUGGUGGAGGGUCUGGAGCCCCACACACCAUACGAGGUGAGGAUGCUGGCUGCCACGUCGGUGGGAUACCCGGACAGGAAACACCUCCAGGACCUCAACCUCUGGGCCUGGGUCUCUGUUGCAACCACCAACAAGGACUACUUCCCAGCGCCUACGCUGCAGAUAGUUGCCCUCAACUCGAGCACCCUGAAGGCUUCCUGGACUGUAGCCUCCUCCUUGGCCGUUCGUCGGUUCACUGUACAACUGGUCCGUCUACCAGACACCCCGGUACACGGGCCAGUAGAGGUGCAGCCUGCAACCAGUUUCUACCUCUUCAUGGGGCUGGAGAUGAACCAGCUGUAUGCGGUGAAGCUGACCACGGAGCUGGUUACCGGGACAACCACACAGGUGGUUGAGGAGUUCACACUGUCAGACCUCCCUGAGCCCCCAGUGCCCCGCAAUGUCAGGGUCACCCUCAGACAGGCGACGUCCCUGUCAGUGGAGUGGGAGCUCCCAGAUACUCAGUUUGAGGUCAGCAAGUUCACUGUGAAGUACUCCCUGAUAGGACCCUCACGUGAGGAGGAGGAUGGCACUGACUUGAUGGUCACCAGCAACAACCCCUCUGCGUUGCUGGAUGGUCUGCUACCGUUCAGACUGUACCAGAUAUCAGUGCGUGCUGACCUACAGGGGCUGCAGGGCCCAUUCAGCCCACCUAUACUGGUGCAGACCAGCGAAGCAGUGCCCUCUGAACCACGUGACAUCAAGGUGAUGACAGUGCAGCCGGGGCAGGUGUCUGUGGCAUGGCAACCGCCUGCACAGCCUAAUGGGCACAUCAGCUCGUACACGGUGUACUAUAGCAGCAUGCCGGAGAAAGACGAGUGGUUGCAGGUUGUCAGGAAUGGCUCCCAGCUGUCAGCAAUGAUCACCUUCAAGGAACAGGACACGCAGAUUUACUAUAUCAAGAUUCGAGCCAGUACCUCGCAAGGCAUGGGGCCCUCCACUCCAUUAGUUCCUGUCAACACCAGCGCAGUAUCGCCUACCACAGGUGCCAGCACCCAGGACAGCAAGACGCUGGGCAUCAUCAUAGGCGUGUGUAUUGGAUUGUUCUGUAUCGCUAUCUGUAUACUGAUCCUGGCUCUCAUGAGAAAAAAAUUUUUCCGUAUGGAUCGCCGGGCCAACCAUGGUCAUCCCCCGCUGGAGCCUCAGUAUAUCCAUGGCAACGGGCACAUCCCUAGCAACGGGAACGGACACGCUCAUCACCCGGGGAACUUGGAGGGCAGCUUUAUAACGGGAGACUAUGAGUUGGACACCUACACUCCUAUGUUGCCUGAGAAUGAACAGUCGGACUCAAAGGGAGGUGGUACUGGUAACGUAAUCCUCACGCCAAAUGGAGCCAAACUAAAUGGAUUCCUACCACUGAAGAAGAACGGUCUGCAUAACGGCAGGCACAACGGACACAUGAAGUCAUUUGGAAACCCUCUCUAUAGCGAGGAGACGAAAGGGCUGAUAGCUGAGAUGUUGAGUGGGUCCCCCAGGACCUCUUGCCUUCCGGUUACCAUGGGAGACGAGCGCUUCACUAGGAGCCACUGUGAGGACUCAGGCUCCCUUGACAACAUUGAUAACAGCAGCACAGAGGGGGUACUACAGGAUGCCCCUCAGGAAGUCUUGUGUGGGGAAAGGGCCGAGCUGGAUAGCGGGGAGGGCAGCUGGAGCUACAGCUCUAGUGAUAGGAACUCCACCGGGUACAUCAACUCAGUGCCGCAUUCAGAUAUGAUUGAUGCAGGAGAAUCUGUCGUGUUUUGUGGAGAUUCCGGUGUGCAUGUACCCACAGAUGGGGAAGGUCUGAUUGGUUUGGAUGAAUGUGACGGUCAUUUUGAAGGUCAUGGUUGUUAUGUUAGUGGUCAAGGUGAUGAGAGAGGUCAUGGUGAGGUAAGGUCAUAUGGUGAUGGGCAUGGAUCUGUUGGAAAUGUGAGACUCAUGUACAGUGCUGUGAUUGAUGGUAGAUUACCUGAGCAGAGAACUGUCUGGAAUGUGAGGGGUGGCGAUGCAGCCAUGUCCAGUUUCAAGCCAUCAGUGGUGACUGAUGGUAGUGGUGGAUCGAGUCACCAUGUUGACCUCAAGCACCAAGCAGAUGAUAGAUUUGCCCACACCAUGGCUGGGGACACAGCAUCCCCAGUCAAGGACAUACCUCAAUCAACCCCUACCUCAGUAACUCGCAAGGACACGUCUAACCAUCGUGACACCGAUUUCAGGGAAAGCAGACAAGAAGCCAAUCAAAAGUCAGCAGCUCCUCUGCUUGUUCAGUCUGAUGUUGGAAUGUUAGUACGGGUACAGGCGCCCGCCUCGAGAGGCGUCGAUAUUUAUCAGGAAUCACACAGUUUUUCACCAGGCACAACGUUACCACAGUUACCUCAGUUAAGGGUAUCUACCUCGCUAUCACCAUCUCAGGUCGGCUCACACACCCCCGAAUCAGUACGCGGGUUGGGUCCUCAUCUCACCUCGCCCACUUAUUCUGUUAUUUCGUGUAACGGGUCGAUUCCCUCUUCUGUGGCGUCCCACUCUUCUCAGAACGUACGUUCAGAUGGAGUACAUGAGAGCAGUAGACGGCCACGUCUUGAAGAAAACCAUAGCAACCUCAGAAAUAGUGUACCACUGCAAGUGAAACAGAAAAAUAGGUCAGUCAAGUCAUCGGCUCAGGGAUAUGUCCAGGGAGGAAUGCCCAUAGAAAGUAGUUCCGGUGUUCAACAAGUGGCCCCUAUGGCCCGGAUUUCGCCGUCGUUUGUACACGGUGGUGUUUCUACCUCAGAAUCCGGGGAAGGGGUAAGUUCAAGGGAAGUAACUGUGCAUUGUGAAAGGGACACAACUACACUACCUCAGGAGACUGUGCUGUCGGGAAAUCGGGUUUUCUCCCAUGCAGUACUGGAUGCUGAAAUGUAAUUAUUAACAUUUAUUUGCGAACAAUGUCCUGUGUAUGCACUACUUAUAAGUAUAUUUUUUGUGCUGAUAAUUAGUUUAUAAAUAACAUAACUGGUAUAUAUCUCUACAUACAUAUGUAAUGAACAGUAUAAAUAGAUUUAUUGAUAUUUUCACGGAAGUUAAGAGGCACACAAGCUGGAAAUGUAGGCACGUGAAUAUUCUUUCAAAAAUAGAAAAAUUGACAUUAUACCUCUUCUUUUGGUUUGAAAUACGAGUUUAGAAGACAACAACAUAUAUGUAUAUAGGCUUGAGAGCCUUGUUAGGUAUUUGUGCCAGGAAUAGUGGCUUUUUUUUGCAAAAUUUACAAUGUACCUCAGUUCUAUAUGUGCAUACCUCAGAAAGUCAAUUAUAUAAUUAUUUGUGUAUUUUUUAUUCGAUCUAAGUAAAAUGUGUAUUCAUUCGUGUUUUUUUAUCUUUCUGCAUUCAUGCAGGCAAAUUCAGGAACUUUCGGCAGGUGUUAUAAUUCUCAUAUUAACUAUUUGUCUUUGUGUAAUCUUGUUGAAGCAUUUCCUCAAUGUCAAAAACAUUUUCAUGAUCAAUGCGGGUACUUUUUGAUGAUGUCAUGUGACUUUCAUGUACACUGAGCCGGGGGUGUGGAUUGUUUUCUGAUUGUUGACUUGCAGAAGAUUUUAUUUUUUUUUCAAAUUAAGAGACAUUAAUCUUAAUUAUUAAAAUUAUUUGUUAUUCAAAUGUAUUAUGUAAACUAGUAUGAUAAUUAACUGUCAUUUGUUUAACAUUUUUUACGCAUUCUGAUUUUAUUAAUACAUAAGGGCUACAAUAUUCCUUGUGUAUAUAAGGGCAACAACUCAGUAAAGUGUGUAUUUGUUAGUAAGAGUUAUCUGAAAUGUCCUUGAAGGAGAAGGCUACAGUCAAGUUUGGCUUAGUAUUUCUACACCCCUGGCUUAACUGUUAUUUUAUAUAAUUAUAUAUAUAUAUGUAUUUAAUAUGCGUAAGUGUAAAUGUGAUUUCCUUAUUUUUCUCAUGUUCACUUUACAUUUAUGUUCAGUUUUCAGUAUAAUGUAGUUGUGAUUUUUUCUCUUAGUAUGUUAGCAUAUGAUUUUAAAUCGAGUCAUUGAAGUGUUUUAAUUUCAAAUGUUUUUUGUGUCUGGAUAUAUUAGUUAUACAUUGUGUACAUAGCCAUUGGCCUGCCUGGUUCAGGUCUGACUACCUCUACGUUUAUAUAAUAAUGUAAAGCCCAGUGUGUUUAGUUCUGUGUGCUUUGUUAUAAGUAAUUGAAAAAAUACCUGUCCAGUUGAGGACCGACAUAUAAUUUAACAUUCAAAUCAAAUAUAAAUAUGAAUUUGUUUAUAAAAUCAUAACAGUGAUCACAUUGAUAAUAAUUCAAGUUUGCUUUGUAUGAAUAGAUUUUUGUAUUCAUUACUUUAUUGAAAUGAUAUAUAUGAUCAAUACAGACAAAGCAGUUGGAAGUUGCAAUGUGUGGGUUGACGUUAUUUCAUGAUCUUUGUAAUUAUGGCAAGAAAUACUUGGCUCUGAGUUUGUGUCAUUUUAACUCCAUUAUUAGCUCACCUGAGCACAACGUGCUCAUGGUGAGCUAUUGUGAUCGCCUUUUGUCCGUCUUCCGUCGUGCGUUGUGCGUCCGUCGUCAACAUUUGCCUUGUGAACACUCUAGAGGCCACAUUUAUUGUCAGAUCUUCAUGAAAUUUGGUGAGAACAUAUGUCCCAAUGAUACCUCGACCGAGUUCGAAACUGGGUCAUGCUGGGUCAAAAACUAGGUCACUAGGUCAAAAAAAAGAAAAACCUUGUGAACACUUCAGAAGUCACUUUUGAUGCCCAAUCUUAAUGUAACUUUGUCAAAAUGUUUGUCUUAAUGAUAUGUUGAUUGAAUUCAAAAAUAUUUCCGGUCCAUUGAAAAACAUGGCCGCCAGGGGACGGGGCAGUAUUCCUUAUAUGGCUAUAGAGAAACCUUGUGAACACUCUAGAAGUCACAAUUUUUGGGUGCAAGGGUGGAUGGGGUAAUUUUCUAUAUAGGCCUAUUGUGAAUACUUUGGAACACCUUAUUUUUAAAGCCAGUCUUGUCAUUCUAGUAAUUUGAAAUAUUUGCUGAAGAGUUUUAAUCUUUGUUUCUUUCCAUUUAACUCUCUCAGGUGAGCGACCCAGGCCCCUUUGCGGCCUCUUGUAUUUUAUUAAUAUCACUGGAUUAUUUCUAGAGAACUUACACUAUUUUUCAUUACAUAAUAAUGGGCCCCAAGUGAAAAUUAUUUUAUGUGAAAAUUCUUUUAUUUAAAUUUUAGAAUUAUUUAAGAUGUAUUUAGCAGUUUAAAAUAUUAAAGACAACACUGUUAUUUUUUUUGUAAUUUUAAUGCGAUUCUUGGAUUAUUUUAGCUUAUCAAGAACGUUUGUUAAUGUAUUUUUACAGUUUACAUAUGAAUGCAGUAUAAGUGCUUGUUUUUGGUAUAUGUCUUUGAAUUUUAUGUCGUAUGUUGAAAACUAACAAAAUUUUUGUUUUAAAGAAAUGUUAAACUUGAGCAAAAUAAAGCAAGCUUUUAACAAUGGUAAUUGGGAGUAUUUCAUUGUAAAACUGGCAAUUCUUCAAUCAACUUUAUAUACAUGUAUUUAGUAUUAAAGGAAUAACUUGAAUUUCUAGCAAAGAGACGAGACUUUGCCAGACUUAUCAGUUUACUCGUUACAUCCAGAAACUAAGAAAGUUGCCUCUACCAUGAUGAAACAGCCCUUUUAAUCGGAUGUCGAGCCGCUCUCAAUUUGUGUUGACAUGGAAAUCAAGGAUAUAUGUCUUUUAAUCUGUUUUAGUUUGUUGAAACUGUACAGUCAAAUUCUGCUUUCUCUAACACCAGACUGUUUGCAUGUUAGUGUAACCAACUAUGAGCUGUAUGUUGUUUUGAUCCUGAUUCAGGCUUAAACAAACACAUUGUUAUCCCAGGUGCACACUUUUGUUCUUUCAACACUUCCUGUAGAAAAUAUAUGGGAGUAUAUUGUGUGUGUGUGU